CUGCUUCCCAUUUUAACCCACCACAUCACUCACGAGCUCUCCAACUCGCUGGGAAGUAGCUAGAAAGACUAGAACCAGUUGAGUUGAGCUUUCACCUGCUUCUUUCUUCGUUGCAGAGACCGAGUUUCGGGCUCGCUCGGUUUCGAACGAACGUCCAACAAAUCCCACUCCAUCAACGAAACAAUGGUGUCCGUCGAGGAAAUUCGCAACGCCCAGCGCGCUCAGGGUCCGGCCACCGUUCUUGCCAUUGGCACUGCAACUCCAGCCAAUUGUGUCUACCAGGCUGACUACCCGGACUACUAUUUCCGAAUCACUAACAGCGAGCACAAAACCGAACUGAAGGAGAAGUUCAAGAGAAUGUGCGAGAAAUCUAUGAUAAAGAAACGUUACAUGCACCUAACGGAGGAAAUUCUUAAGGAGAACCCCAACAUCUGCGCCUACAUGGCUCCAUCCCUUGAUGCACGUCAAGACAUGGUGGUGGUUGAAGUGCCCAAGCUCGGAAAAGAAGCUGCGUCAAAGGCCAUAAAGGAAUGGGGUCAGCCCAAAUCGAAAAUCACGCACCUGGUCUUCUGUACCACCUCUGGUGUAGACAUGCCGGGUGCUGACUACCAACUCACCAAGCUCCUCGGCCUCCGCCCCUCCGUCAAACGCUUCAUGAUGUACCAACAGGGCUGCUUCGCUGGUGGCACCGUGCUUCGCCUCGCCAAGGACCUCGCCGAGAACAACGCCGGCGCGCGUGUCCUCGUCGUCUGCUCUGAAAUCACGGCCGUCACUUUCCGUGGACCCUCUGACACCCACUUGGAUUCUCUUGUGGGUCAGGCUCUUUUCGGUGAUGGAGCAGCAGCCGUGAUCGUCGGAGCUGAUCCCGACACGUCCAUCGAACGUCCUCUGUUCCAGCUUGUGUCGGCGGCGCAGACCAUUCUUCCCGAUUCUCAUGGAGCCAUCGAUGGUCACUUGCGCGAAGUUGGCCUAACAUUCCACCUGUUGAAAGACGUACCCGGGUUGAUCUCUAAGAACAUCGAGAAGAGCCUGGUUGAAGCCUUCACCCCGAUUGGUGUCAGUGAUUGGAACUCGUUGUUCUGGAUCGCUCACCCGGGUGGCCCGGCCAUUCUGGACCAGGUCGAAGAAAAACUGGGCCUGAAAGAGGAGAAGCUCAGAGCAACGAGGAACGUCUUGAGCGAAUACGGUAACAUGUCCAGUGCGUGUGUGUUGUUUAUUCUGGAUGAGAUGAGGAAGAAGUCUGUAGAGGAAGGGAGGGCCACAACGGGUGAAGGAUUGGAGUGGGGUGUUCUGUUCGGGUUCGGACCCGGUCUGACUGUUGAGACGGUUGUGUUGCACAGUCUCCCCGCUGUUCCUGCUCACUGAGUCGUGACUCGUUAGUGAAGGCCAACAUAUAUAGUUGGGGGGAAUGCUUGAAUACUUUGAAGUUUGAAGUCGAUCAUUAAAUUAAGUGUGAGUCAGAGUGUGUGAGGUUUAAUAACGAUGUCUCUGUAACGUAAGACGUCUCUUUUUUUAUUUUAAUUGUAUUGUUUUUUCUCCUUUAUUAAGUUUUCAUUUUCCCCCUAUAAAAAUUAAAAUGUUUCAAAGCUGUAUUUGUUUAUUUUACGUUUACUUUAUUAAAAUGUUGCGCCCAGGAGGAAGAAGGAACUCAUUAAACUGAUGAUGUUUGGUAUUA